AUGCCUUCCAAGAAGCAGAGUUGGUUCGCCCGCCACAUGGCUCCUCCACCACCUCUGAACACGAACCCAGUUUGUCCCUGCGCCAACUGCUACAAUAUCCUUGCCCAGAAGCCCGAAAUGGGGCCACGAAGAGAUACAACUUCCUCAAAUCUGUCGUCUAGUUCUACUGAUUCACUGUCACGACCUGGGCGGGAACCGGAUACUGUCUCAGGGACACAAGGCGUCGGGAGGGGAGGAGUUCACCUUACAUAUACAAUCAUCGAGCACUUGCCAGACAAGGGAAGACGACAUCCGGACAUCGAACCAGACAUCUCUAAGAAGUUGUGCCCUGCGCCCAUGCUCGGGGUUGACCGUGGACAAUCAUGGCUGGGCUUCCCUCAAGCUUCACACACGAUAACCAUGGCCCCAAAUGUCGAUCCUGCGAUUCUAAAAGCCCUCGGCGUAGACGGCCAACAUGCCGAGAUUGCCUCCCAUGGCUCAUCCGGCUUCUCAGCCACCUUCAAACUAUCCAUCACAAUCGACGGCCAGUCCAUCAACUACUUCGUAAAGACUGGUACUGGCAGGGCCGCGGAGCUCAUGUUCAAGGGCGAGCAUGCAUCCCUAAAUGCCAUCCAGAGUGCCGUUCCCAGCCUUUGCCCCAAAUCUUAUGCCCAUGGAGCCAUGUCCACCUCGAACAAGUACUUCCUCGUCACCGACUUUCUCGACUUGGGGUCUACAGCCCCAGGGGGGUCAGGACAAUCUCUGGCAGCCAAACUCGCCAAACUGCAUACAACACCAGCUCCCAUCCCGGAUGGCCACGACAAACCCAUGUUUGGAUUCCCCGUCUCAACGUGCUGCGGCGAAACCGCCCAAGACAAUUCGUGGAAAUCAUCUUGGGCCGAGUUCUACGCCGACAAUCGACUUCGUAGCAUUCUCAAAGACUGCGUCAGGAACAACGGCAGCGAUGCCGAGUUGAGUAAAGCUGUUGAAACGGUGGCCAGCAAAGUCGUCCCUCGGUUAAUAGGUGAGUCCACCAUGAAGGACAUAACACCGGUGGUUAUACAUGGCGAUUUGUGGAGUGGAAAUCACUCCAAGGGGCGGAUUGGUGGCAAGGGCGGCGCAGAAGAAGUCGUCUUCGACCCGUCUGCUGUAUAUGGCCAUUCCGAGUAUGAGCUGGGUAUAAUGAACAUGUUUGGAGGGUUUGGGGCCAGUUUUUGGAAGGAAUACGAAAGUCUGGUCCCAAAGGCAGAGCCAAAACACGAGUGGGAAGACAGAGUGGCGCUUUAUGAGUUAUAUCACCACUUGAAUCACUUUGCCAUAUUCGGUGGCGGCUAUCGCGUAGGAGCCAUGUCCCUGAUGAGGAAGCUAAUUGCGAAAUACGGCAAUUAG